AUGGCUCCAGCAAAGCAAGAAGUUCGCACUGAUAAAGCCCCUGCGCCAAAACCUUUCCUGUCUCAGGCUCUGGUUUUCAAUGACAUGGUGUACACCUCAGGAGCAGUAGGCAUGAACCCUGCCACUGAAAAGCUGAUUGAGGGAACAACUGCUGAUCGCACGAAACAAUGUCUUCGUAACAUCUCUAACAUCCUAGAAGCCGCAGGGAGCUCACUGGAAAAGAUUAUCAAAGUCACAAUAUUCCUCGAUGACAUGGCCAACAUCCUGGGAUGA